AUGUUCAGCGUUCCAAGAGUCGCCCGACUCUUCCUAAUCCUGACUGCCCUCCUCGCCAUUCCCUCACUGUACCUCUUCUACCCCGGCCCGCGACCAGCCGCCUUGCAAAAGUUCGGUUGGGACGUAGGCGGCAUCGACGGCGAGCACUUCCGCACGCCGGCCGAGAUCCUCGAGGCGAAUUCCAAUCAGCAAGAUCAUCAAGUGACGCCCGAGCAAGCUGCCGUCGAGAUCGAGGACGAGGAGCAGCGCGCCCUCAUCGAUGGCGAGAGCGUGAACCAUGGCUCUGGGGGCGCGGCGCCCGAGCACGUUGGCGAGUCAGGGGGGGAUGUGAGGAAGGGAUCAGGAGGCGGGGGCGGGCCGGCAGACGACAGCUUCGACCACGAGAAGCACCGCGAGGUCUCGGGCGGGAAGGAGGAGCAGCACGCCAUGGGUGCGCACGGCGGCGAGGAGAUCGGCAAGGUCAUCAUGCCGCAUCUCGGCAAUGCGACCGCGAAGGCCGAGCUGGGCCGCGGCUCCUGGCGUCUCCUCCACCUCAUGACACUCCGGUAUCCGGACCAUCCGACGCCCGACGACCGUGCCGCGCUCAAGUCCUUCUUCCACCUCUUCAGCAGGCUGUAUCCCUGUGGCGAGUGCGCCGAGCAUUUCCAAGGCAUGCUGAAAGAAUACCCCGUCCAGACGGGGAGCAGGAAGAGUGCGAGUCUGUGGCUGUGCAAUCUGCACAAUAUCGUGAAUGCACGCCUGCACAAGCCCGAAUUCGACUGUCUCACGCUCGACGAGACGUAUGACUGUGGGUGUGGGAAUGAGACGGCGCCGGCUGGGGCGGAGGGGAAGGAAGGGGGCAAGGGGAAGAGGGAGUACACGGCCGUGAUUGAGGCGUAG